AUGGCAGCAGCAAUGGCAUAUUGUACAAACAGUGUUUUCUAUCAACAUUCAUUGACUAAAGCAAGAACACAGUUUACACCAGUUUCUCGUCGAACAACUUUAUCACCAUCAACAUCUGCUUGUUCUACUGUUUCAAUAUCACAAAUUGAACAAUCAUCCAUUAUAAAAACAAUAAAAAAUGAUGAAAAUAACAAUCGUAAUCAAAUUGAAACUACAGAUAUAGCAAAUAUCAAUGAUAUUGUUGAUAUUACAAGUGAUGUUGAUGAUAUUGACAACGAUAAUCAAUUCGAGAAGGAUAUUCAUGAAGAACAAUUUCUAGCAUUUGUUGGUCUUCGACAUAAGACUAAAAAACCAAUUGUACGUGAACUAAAUUUACGAUCAUUAACAAAACGAAUAGCAUGUCCAGUAUGUCUACUUCCACUACCAAAAUAUGCUGAACGUGUUCGACAAGCUUUAUAUAUUCGAUUACCAUUCUUAAAAUUUUUAACUAUUACAUGUGAUAUUGAAAAUUUUUGUUCAACAGAUGAAAAUGCAAAAGCACAAAGUCUUCUACCACGUUCAACAACACAAAAACGUGCUUUAUCAACAUUAAAUCGAAGUCAAAGAAAACAGAAAUCACCAAGAAAAGACUUAAUCAACAUGACUCCUAAAAAUUCUCGUAAUAAUACAAGUAAACCCUCAAUGAGUAAAUAUGUUAAUUCAAUUCUUCAAUGUCAUGUUGUUCUUGAUCGUUUGGAACAAUCAACAAUUGAUGAAAUAAUACAAAAUUCAACUGAAAAUAAUAACAAAAUCAUUGCACCCAUAUCAACAUCAAAUCGAUCAUUACGUAAAUCUUGUAAAGCUCGUCGAUCAUCGUCAAUAGCUACAAAUAAAACAACAACAACAACAACACGAACAACUAUAACAACCAUGACAACAGAAAAAACGAUUGUUAAACGUAAAUCAACAGGAACAGAAAUCGUUAAACCAAAACGAUUUAAAUCAAUAAAUAAUAAUUGUGCUACUAAAAAUGAUAAUGCUAUAAAAAAUGAUACAUCUUCAUCCAUAUAUCAACGUAUUUAUUUAAAAUGUUUUGUUUGUUCAAAACGUGAAUAUGUUGAUGCACAAGCAAUAAAUAGUGAUGUUUUGCAUUCUCAUUGGCUUGAACAUGAUAGAGAUUUAUUAUUAAAUAUUUAUGAUUCCGAAAUUGAUUCAAUUUUAACACGUGUUGUUGAGUUUUUUAAUUUACCUAAACAACAUUUAUUGGAAGGAAAAAUUAAAACAGUCUUUAUGCUUAAUUCAAAAGAAAUACGACUUACGUCAACAACUAACUUAUCCUCAAAUGAUUCAUAUAUUGUUAUUGAUUAA